GUACUCGGAAGGUUAUUCAGCCAAAAGUCAUUCCCAUCCGGUCCAAUUGAGUCGAAUCGAAUCGUUUUCGAUCGUUCAACCAAACGAAAUCAACCUUCUGAAAUCACAACCAGAACUUUCACUAGAACGAGAUUUUCUGAACCUCCCACUUCCUCACACAGCUUCCGGGUUCCUGUGUCGGUUUCAAACUGGGACUAACUGUCGACGACGUGAUUUGUUGUGGGCUAGGAUUUGUUUACCUACCAGAAGAGUCGAAGAGCAACAAGUGCCCAGUUCAGUGAGUGUGCCGAGUUGUGGGUGUGUCAUCAUCAUACUAACAACGAGUAGUGGUUUUGUAAGUUGUAACCGUGAAUAUUUAGUUUCGGGAUUUCGAAGCUUGUUGACGGUCGCCAUACCACUUGGUCGUUGGUCGUUGGAAUUUGAGCUGAGCUAUUUGGCGGAAAAUUGAUUGGGCAAAUUUAUCAGUGUGCCAUUCGCGGAGUCUGAAAGUGCCUGGAGUGCAUGGAAAAUUACCCCGUUUCAGUGUCAGGACUCGCAGAAACGCUUCCAAGAAAUCUCACACUAAUUAGUGCAUCAGCCGCCGUCUGUUGAUUUUCCGAAGAAUUUGCUCGAGAUCAAACGAAGACACAUCGGCGCCAGGAUUUUGUGUGAUUUUUCCUUCUCUUAAACGAGAUUACCCCUGACGGCAAACUUUGGUCACGGAUUGUAGCAGUUGAUGUUACCUAGCAGUUCCGAGAAAAGGAUCUUUUUUGGCGACCCUUCAGAAAAAGCUUUUGCAGCUCCAGUGAGCCGUCCCGAGGAGAAAAAAACCAUUCAAUAGAGAACCCGUAUCGAAAUAAAGCGUAAACAUUGCACUCAUAGAAACGAUGCCCGGGACCUGCCACAGGCUCCGGAUUCCGUCACUGGUGAGCAACCGAUCCUCCAAGGGGGUCAACGAUAGCCAGGAUGGCAACGGGUGCCUGGAACCGAUAACCCCGAGGAAGGAACGGCACCGGGUAACGAUGAUGGGUGCAGCUCGGGUUGGAAAAUCUUCCAUCAUAUCACAGUUUCUGUACGAAAAGUAUCUCUCCCGAUAUAAGCAAACGAUCGAGGAAAUGCACCGGGGCGAGUAUGAGCUGCCGGAUGGGUCCUGUCUGACGUUGGACAUCCUCGAUACGUCCGGAUCGUAUCAAUUUCCGGCCAUGAGAGCGCUUUCGAUCAACACCAGCAACGCGUUCCUGUUGGUGUUUGCCGUGGACGAUGAGGAGACCUGGUUCGAGGUGGAAAGACUGCGGGAACAGAUCGUCGCUGCCCGUGGUGCUCGUGUCCCGAUCGUUGUGGUGGCCAACAAAUCCGACAUCCCGGAAGAGUAUCAGAAGGUUUCCCUGCGACUAGCGCAAGCCAAAGCGAGUCUGGAAUGGGGCUGCGGCUAUGCCGAAUGUUCUGCCAAAAACAACGAAGGAAUCCUGACGGUCUUCAAGCAACUCCUAAGGCAGGCCAACAUCGAAUACAACCUCAGCCCGGCCGUCCGACGGCGAAGGAAGUCCCUCCCAAACUACACGACCCCAAACGGAAACCGGACCCACGGGGCCAAAUUCUACCUGAAACGACACUCCUGCUCCAUCCAAUAGGAGCCAUACUUAAAUAGUAGUUGCAGUUUGACUUUGCUACAUCGAAUUUAUUGUGGGAUCGAAGGCGUAGGAUGUUGGUUCUAAAGCUAUCGACUCUGAGUCGAAGGAUAGCGGAAUUGCCUAAAGGAACAAAAGAAGCACAUAUUUUGAUUGAAAAAGAAAACUACAAAAUAUACCUAUCUCUGUUAGGUGUCUAUUCGGUGUUUGACAGUCAUCCGUAUGUAAUGCUUGGGUUUGCCGUCAUAGACGUUUUUUUCCUUUUUGAAGCUUAUGAAAUUUUAUCGGAUUUUUCAACUAUCGAUGUCAACAAACCUGUGUGACCCAUUGUAUAUUUAAAUGAGAAGAUAGUGCCCAGACUCGAAGCAGGAAAGUAAGAGAAAAACCCAGGUUGCAUAUGAAUUCCAAAGUUUUUUAUAUUGAACGUUUCCGUCGUUUCCGAAGUUUGUAGGAUAAUUAUUAUGAUAUUUAAAGACAGAAGCUUAUACAUGCUUGGACGUUUAUAUGGUUAGAGAAAGAGGAAAAACCAAAACAAUAAUUGAAAUGACACAAAGUGGCGAAGUUCCACAAAAAAAACUUAAAAUUUUUUACGAAACUUAUACACCCAAAAAAGAAAAUGAACCAGUGAAGC